UGUGACUAUAACAACUGCAGUGAUUCGCUUAACGACUGUGUCAAGAAAGGUAAAGUGGGAAGUUCACUUGGAACUGUCUCGCUUAGCAACAGAAAUUUUGGGGCUCCAUUGUCGUAAACGGAGGACUACCUGUGUCAUGGAUGAAGCCUUAAUAGAUGGGGAACUGUUCAGUUCUGUUUGUGUGUUGUGUCUUAGCAUUUCAACCCUCCUGGUUGCAGAGGAAGUCCAGUAAAGGGAAGGAGAAGAAGCAGAAACGGUUGGAGGAACGGGCAGCCAUGGAUGCUGUCUGUGCCAAGGUUGAUGCAGCAAAUAAACUGGGAGACCCCUUGGAAGCUUUUCCUGUGUUCAAGAAAUACGACAGAAAUGGCCUGAAUGUUUCCAUCGAGUGCAAACGCGUCUCCAGUUUGGAACCGGCGACUCUUGACUGGGCGUUUGAGCUGACCAAAACAAACAUGCAGACCUUGUAUGAGCAGAGCGAGUGGGGUUGGAAAGACCGGGAAAAACGGGACGAAAUGACCGAUGACCGGGCUUGGUACUUAAUCGCUUUGGAAAACGGCUCCCUUCCUGUGGCGUUCUCACACUUCCGCUUUGACGUCGAAUACGGAGAGGAGGUUCUCUAUUGCUAUGAAAUACAGCUGGAAAGCAAAGCAAGAAGGAAAGGACUUGGCAAGUUUCUAAUUCAGAUCCUGCAGCUUGUGGCAAAUAGCACACAGAUGAAGAAGGUCAUGUUAACAGUCUUCAAACAUAACCACGGAGCCAAUCAGUUCUUCAGAGAAGCUUUACAAUUUGAAAUAGACGAUACCUCACCGAGCAUGUCUGGCUGCUGUGGGGAAGACUGCUCCUACGAAAUCCUCAGCCGGAGGACCAAAUUUGGCGAGAGCCAGCAGGCUCACCUGGGCACUCCGUGUGGGGGCUGCUGCCACUGAGGUGCUCCUUCGCGCCCCUCCGAAAUAACCCAUCGCCCGCCCUCCAACGUCAGACGUGUGCCUUCCUCGUGGCUUCUCUCGACCGUCCCCCCCGGGCCUCUCCACAUUCUUGCUGCGUCCUCAAGUCAAGGAAGACAGAACUCCCGGGUCACAUCCCGGAUCCCGGGAACCGAGGUCUUCCUCCCUAUAGGAGGGUCCUUUCAAUCAAAGCCGAGCCGUACUUUGAGGCCUCUUCUUGCUUCCCUGCAGCCUUGAACUGAAGGUGGGAAUCUUGCGAGGGGGUUUGUCUUUUCCCUUCUUUUUCUUUUUCCGUGGCGUUUUUCCAAAAGGCGUUGACAAGAAUAGCGAGCCCGUUGUCUGUGGAUGAAGGAUAGACUUUGGGGGUGGCGUAUCAAGGCGACUUUUGAGAUGGUUCUGUGUUCCUUCUGGAGCUGUUUCCCACUUUGGGGUUUGAAUCAUUUGCAACCCUGGGUUGAUAGUUUUGUCGGAGAACCCACAGCAGGUUUUUAAAAAGAAUGUACUUCCUCUAAAUCCAUUACUGGGAAGAUCUUCUUUAGGCGUGUAUAUCAAAGCAACUCUGGGCUUUAUAGGAGGAGGAGGAGGAGGAGGGAUCCACACAGAUUUUUAGAACAGGAUCCUAAGUAUAACGUGCCUCUGGUUAUACUUCCCUCCUUGUGUGUUGGAGGGCAGUAUCCGGAUUACUCCACGCAGCCUGCUCUUGGUCAGUCCCCAAGUCUGACGGAGCUUAAAUAAAAUGGCAUGAUUUCUUCUGAGCCAGCUGUGCUAGAAGCCACUUGGAGCGGUUUUGUUGUCUGAAAGUUCCCAGUAGAAGCAGUUGUGCAAGAGCAAAUCAUUCUAGUUCACUAGGAGUGUGUCCUUAUUUGUUUAGGGGAUCCUCUAGUCCGUUGGUUUCGGGACUAAAAACUCUCAGCAUACACGACGAUCCCAUAAAUAUACAUUGGUUUAAUCAACACCUUGAUUUUCUUUUUAGACUUCUCCAUUGAUGGAUUUCUCUCCCCCUCCCCUCCCAAAAAAGGGGGGAAAGGUGAUCGAGCAUGUUGAGUGUGGCAUGCAAAAUACUUUACAUUUUGAAGCUGAAAUGAUACUUUUGUAUAUCUAGUGGGUGUUGCCUCUUUUUUAUUUUUAUGUUUUGCAUUUUGGGGUAGUUUUGUUUCACAGAACAAAUUUCAAAAUAACUACUCUUAUAAAACCAGCAACUUUUGCUGGAAUAAAAGGGAACAGCCUGUUUUUUUUU